UGUUCACAUAAAAAAAAUAAAAACAAAAUCAAUUUCAGAUUUUGAUAUGUGUACACAAUAAUUUACGACUUAAUUUAAUAUAGACCUAAUCUGAACUCGCCAAACUUGAUCUAGACACACACCUCUAUUGGGUGAAUGCCCGAAUGUGUCCUCGAAUUUAAAAAGCUGCUCAAACACCUUCAAUCUGUCCAAAAAUGAACAUACUCUCACGUCCACCAUUAGAAGAAAACCCAACGGAGUCAACCCACAACCCGGACUGGGCUGGGUUAAUUCACGAGUGCUUAAUCAAUAUCUUCUCACGUCUUCCAUUAGAGGAUAGAUGGAAGGGAGCUAUGCUUGUCUGCAAGCCAUGGAUGGAAGCUUGCCAAGAUUCACCUCUCAUCAACAACUCGUUUGAUCUUGAAUGUUACUUUGAGACAUAUACUGAUUCAGCUCAUUGGUGGACUCCCGAAUUUGAGAGCAAGAUCGAUGCGAUUCUUAUAUCUGCGGUUAAUUUGAGUUAUGGGUUGUUGAAACGAAUUCGUGUUAGCCAUUGCUCUGAUCACGCCCUCAUUUUUGCUGCUCAAAGAUGCCCAAAACUUGAGGUUCUUUCCAUCAAAAGCAGCCAAAGUGUCUCUGAUGCGACUAUCAUAGAGGUGUCUAAGAGAUGCCCUUUGCUGAAAGAACUCGAUAUGAGCUUCUGCCAUAAGAUCACUUAUAUAUCUUUUCCAUCAAUCGGGAGGAACUGUCCUCGUCUGAAGUUACUGAAACGCAAUUUUAUGAACCUGCAGGAUUCUUCGCAGUAUAGGGGAAUUGUACCAAAUGAAUACAUCGAUGCUUGUCCCCAAGGUUUUGAUUCCGAAGCUGCUGCCAUUGCUGGAUCCAUGCCUAAUUUGCUGAGUAUCGAUCUUAUGAAUUCCGGGUUGUCAGGUAAAGGCCUCGCUUUGAUUUCUGAAGGCUGUUUGAACCUGGAAACUUUGGAUCUGCGUGGGUGUGAUAACCUGAGUACUCAAAAUCUUAUAUCUGUGUUGCCUUUGGUAAUGUAAAUUACUUGUACUAAUUUAUGAUCUUCUACAUUUUGUUUUAAAUUGUCAUAUUGUUAAUGUAAUUUAACUUAAACUUAGUUUCAACUUUCAUGGAUCUUGGUUUGGUUUUGAUGAUUUCUUGGUGAGUGUAGUGAUCUACUUCGUAAAUGUAUUUGUAUUCAUCAAAUUUAAAAGUUUGCGACUCUAAAUACUCUCUCUGUAUUUUAUUACUUGCUCC